AUGACACCUCCACCAAUACCAACUUCAGCCAGUUCUCUUGAACGUGGAGUCAUUCUAAUAAUUGCAUUAUAUGCUAGUAUAAAAGUUGUUCUAAUAAUGGCAGCAAAUGAAGUUGGUCGCAUUGAAGGAUUAGGUGAAAAACUCUUUCACAGAAUAUGGGGAACAGACGAUAAAUCAUUUUAUGGAGUAUUAUUACUUCCCACCGUAGCUGCAGCGAAAUUAGUAGAUGUUCAACGAUCACCGAAUUUUAAUGAAGGAGACUUUAACAUUGGUAUGAAAGAUGAAUUUCAUGUUGGUAUUCUUAUCCAUAUGUUUAUGUCCAAACACGUAAUUCUUCAUAAUAUGUCAAUUCUAUGGGCAAUGACAAUUGUUACUGGAAUAUCUGUAUUUUUGGUUAUUUCUUUAUCUAAAUUUGGUUUCUUUCCAUUAUUCGAAAAAUUACCGUGGCAAUUCAUUUUAUUUUCGCAGAUUUUCUAUCAGGUUUCAUUAUAUUCAAUUAUUACUAUAUUGAAGAAGAGUUUUACAUUUGGUGAAUUAUCAGUAGUUGCUCAAGCCAUAACAUUACUUGUGGUAGAAUUAUGGGUUAUUACCGUUAACAGAUUUAAUUUAAUGAGUCAUUCUCAUUUUCGUAAACAUUCACCGAGCGAUAUUACUUUAUAUCAAAUAGCUUUAAUUUUAGGAAUGCUAUUGAUAGGAAUAAUUCUUUCACCAAUAUUAAUUCGAUCGCGUCAUUUAGCUCAACAACCAAGAUGGAGAACUAAACAUGCACAUGCAUUUAAUAAUGGAAGGAAAUGGACAGCAUUUUCUAUUUACGGUGGUACCGCACUUAUAAUUGGAUUGAUAGGUCAUUGUAUGAAAUUUUAUUUAUCUACGGAUCCUUAUUCAUGGAUCGUUAAUUAUAUUAUCGAAUCUCCCAUGAAAAUUGUUCUUGCAUUAUACUGGAUAAUAACGAUAGCCUUAUCUUUAUUAUUAUUUGCCAAGUACGCAUUUUCACGAAAAAUUUAUUCAUUAAAUACAAAACGAAAAUUUUUUCAUUUUCUAGCCAUAGUUAUGUUUAUUCCAGGAUAUUUACUAGAGCCGGAUUUUAUGCAUUUAGCAUUUAGUGUGGCAUUUGCUGCUCUUAUAUAUCUAGAAUAUUUAAGAUAUUUUGCAGUAUAUCCUUUGGGCAAAAAACUUCAUAUUUUUCUUUGUGAAUUUUUGGAUUAUCGUGAUAUUGGUCCAUGUAUAUUGAGUCAUAUAUAUUUGUUGGUUGGAUGUGCAGGAUCAAAUUUAUCUGGAAUUCUUACACUAGGGAUUGGGGAUGCUAUGGCAUCGAUAAUUGGUAGAAGAUAUGGCCGCCAUCGAUGGCCUGGAACAUCUAAAACUGUUGAAGGGUCAAUUGCGUUUAUUCUUUUUCAAUUAUUUGGUGCAUAUAUAGUUACUCUCAUUUGUCCUUCAAGUAAUAUGUGGGCUGAUGGUGAAAAGUGGGUUGGGUAUUCCUUUGCGGUAUCAAUAACUGCAUUAUUAGAAGCAAUAUCAUAUCAAAACGAUAACCUCAUGAUUCCAUUGUAUAUGUGGGCAUUAGAAAAGGAAAUUGUAUUUCGACAAACAGUAAAUUCAAAUAUGGAUUUUCUAGAACGAUUAAAAAUUAUGGCACCUGAAGCAGCAGCUGUUUAUAAUGAUUUGGAAGUUAUAGAAGAAUCAACAGAAACAAUUCUUGCAAACACUCGACGUGUGGAAAUUACACUGGACAAUAAAAAUUGGCAAAAAAAAGAUACAGACGAGUUUUAUAAGAUAGGAAAAAAGUUUAAAAGUGAACAAAAGAAAAAUCCUGAACGAUUUCAUGAUGCUCUUACACGAAAUGGGGAAUUCAUAGUUUACAAGAACCUUUUCAUGUGA